UUGAGGGUUCAAAUACAAUGAAGCUUCUAGUUGGGCAAUGUUGAGUGGAAAAUCCUUUAUAGCAGAGAAUGAGGUCUGCAUGAUUUGCCCAGGGAUCAGAAAAAUAACAGCUAGAAAAGCAGAAAAUGCAGACGCUACAGAAAAGGUGUGUGUGCUUGGCCCAGGUGAUUUAUAAGGGGUGGGUUUGUCCAUGUGGUUAAGGCAGAAAAUAGAGGCGCUCAGGAGGAAACUGCUCUCGGUAGCAGAGGCAGGAAGUACCAAAACCACCGGAGAAUCCACCCGAACCGAAAGCCCACAGAAAGGCUCUUCUCAACCAUCUGUGAGUCCAGAGGAUCUGUCUCCACCAUCCAUCCAUCCAGCAAAACCACAGUUAAUAGUCAAUGUGGGAGACGAGAUUAGGCUGCUGUGCACAGACUCAGGCUUUGUCAAGUGGACUUUUGAGAUACUGGGUCAAGUGAGUGAGAAUAAACACAAUGAAUGGAUCACAGAGAAAGCAGUCGCCACCAACACAGGCAACUAUACGUGCACCAAUGAAGGCGGCUUAAGCAGUUCCAUUUAUGUAUUUGUUAGAGAUCCUAACAAGCUUUUCCUGGUGAGCCAGCUGCUGUACGGGAAAGAAGGCAACGAUGCAUUGGUCCGAUGUCCGCUGACAGACCCAGAGGUGUCCAAUUACUCCCUUAAGGGUUGCAAGGGAAAACCUCUUCCCAAGGACUUGGUCUUUGUCUCUGAUCCCAAGGCUGGUAUCACUAUCAGAAGUGUGAAGCGCACUUAUCAUCAGCUUUGUGUGCACUGCUCUGCAGAUCGGGAGGGAAAGUCAGUGCUAUCAGAGAAGUUCAUCCUGAAAGUGAGGGCAGCCAUCAAAGCUGUACCAAGUGUCUCUGUAUCCAAAGCGAGCUAUCUUCUCAGGGAGGGGGAAGAAUUUGCUGUGACAUGUACAAUAAAAGAUGAGGCUAGUUCUGUGCUAUCGAUGUGGAUAAGGGAAAACAGUCAGCACAUUAAAGCACAGGUACAAAGCACGAGCCGGCAUAAGGGUGACUUCUAUUAUGAACGUCAGGAAACGUUGACUGUCAGCUCAGCAAGAGUUAAUGAUUCUGGAGUGUUCAUGUGUUAUGCCAAUAAUACUUUUGGAUCAGCCAAUGUCACAACAACCUUGAAAGUAGUAGAUAAAGGAUUCAUUCAUAUCUCUCCCAUAAUGAAUACUACAAUAUUUGUAAAUGAUGGAGAAAAUUUAGAUUUAAUUGUCGAAUACGAGGCAUACCCCAAACCUGAACACCAACAGUGGAUAUAUAUGAAUAGAACCUCCACUGAUAAAUGGGAGGAUUAUCCCAAGUCUGAGAAUGAAAGUAAUAUCAGAUAUGUAAGUGAACUUCAUCUAACCAGGUUAAAAGGGACCGAGGGAGGCAUUUACACAUUUCUAGUGUCCAAUUCUGAUGCCAACUCUUCCGUGACAUUUAAUGUUUACGUGAACACAAAACCAGAAAUCCUGACUUCUGACAGGCUUGUGAAUGGCAAGCUCCAGUGUGUGGCAGCAGGAUUUCCAGAGCCCACAAUAGAGUGGUAUUUUUGUCCAGGAACGGAGCAGAGGUGCUCCCCUCCUAUUGUGCCAGUGGAUGUGCAGAUACAAAACUCAUCUGUGUCACCGUUUGGAAGAUUAGUGGUUCAAAGUUCCAUAGAUUCCAGUGCAUUUAAGCACAAUGGCACAUUUGAGUGUAAGGCUUACAACGAUGUGGGCAAGAAUUCUGCCUAUUUUAACUUUGCAUUUAAAGGUAACAACAAAGAACAAAUCCAGUCCCAUACCCUGUUCACACCUUUGCUGAUUGGGUUUGUGAUUGCAGCUGGCAUGAUGUGUAUCAUUGUGAUGAUUCUUACCUACAAAUAUUUACAGAAACCCAUGUAUGAAGUGCAGUGGAAGGUUGUCGAGGAGAUAAAUGGGAACAAUUAUGUUUACAUAGACCCAACUCAACUUCCUUAUGAUCACAAAUGGGAGUUUCCCAGAAACAGGCUGAGUUUCGGGAAAACCUUGGGUGCUGGAGCUUUUGGGAAAGUUGUUGAGGCGACUGCAUACGGCUUAAUUAAAUCGGAUGCGGCGAUGACUGUGGCUGUGAAGAUGCUCAAACCAAGUGCCCACUUAACUGAGCGAGAAGCCCUAAUGUCUGAACUCAAAGUCCUGAGUUAUCUCGGUAAUCAUAUGAACAUUGUGAAUCUUCUCGGAGCAUGCACCGUUGGAGGACCCACCCUGGUCAUUACAGAAUAUUGUUGCUAUGGCGAUCUUCUGAAUUUUUUGAGACGAAAACGUGAUUCAUUUAUUUGCGCCAAGCAGGAAGAUCACGCAGAAGCAGCGCUUUAUAAGAACCUUCUGCAUUCAAAGGAGUCCUCGUCGUGUGACAGUACUAAUGAGUACAUGGACAUGAAACCUGGAGUUUCUUAUGUUGUCCCAACCAAAGCAGACAGAAGGAGGUCUGGGAGAAUAGGCUCAUACAUAGAACACGAUGUGACUCCUGCCAUCAUGGAGGAUGACGAGUUGGCUCUGGACCUUGAAGACUUGCUGAGCUUUUCCUACCAAGUAGCAAAGGGCAUGGCCUUCCUUGCCUCGAAGAAUUGCAUUCAUAGAGACUUGGCAGCCAGAAAUAUCCUUCUUACUCAUGGUCGAAUCACAAAAAUUUGUGAUUUUGGUCUAGCCAGAGACAUCAAGAAUGACUCUAAUUAUGUGGUCAAAGGAAACGCUCGACUCCCUGUGAAGUGGAUGGCCCCGGAAAGCAUUUUCAACUGUGUGUACACAUUUGAAAGUGAUGUCUGGUCCUAUGGGAUUUUCCUGUGGGAGCUGUUCUCCUUAGGAAGCAGCCCCUACCCUGGGAUGCCAGUCGAUUCUAAGUUCUACAAGAUGAUCAAGGAAGGUUUCCGGAUGUUCAGUCCCGAGCAUGCACCUGCUGAAAUGUAUGACAUCAUGAAGACUUGCUGGGAUGCUGAUCCCCUAAAGAGGCCAACCUUCAAGCAGAUGGUUCAGCUCAUCGAGAAGCAGAUUUCAGAUAGCACCAAUCAUAUUUACUCCAAUUUUGCAAACCCCAGCCCCAUCCCAGCGGACCAUUCAGUGCGAAUCAACUCCGUCGGCAGCAGUGCUUCUUCCACCCAGCCUCUGCUUGUGCACGAAGACGUCUGAGACAGAAUGUGUCUAGGGGUCUCCCCAGCGAGGACGAGCCCCAUUCUUUCAGAUUCCAUAGUUGUUAUUUUGUUUUCCUUCGAUUUGCAUCCCAAUCCUGCCUUUACGAGCACAUUUUAGUGGCCAGUGAUCUUUGUUGUCAGCCACCAGCCCAUUGCAAGGGUUGCAACUGUAUAUAUUCCCUAUAGCGAGGAAGCCCAGCAAGUGAAAAAAUUUGGGAGGGUGGGGGAUGGGCUGGACACACUGGAGUCCUUUUGAAGGCUUCUCCAAUUCUGUUCAAAAAGUAAGGUUGUUAUUUUAUUUGAAUAAAUGCUAAGUAUUCCCGUUUGGCCCUCGUAAUCAUCCACAGUGAUGUAACGAUGCAACAAGAUUAGAGGCUGAAACCCGAGCCCUUUACGUGGAAAAUAGAACAUUAUUGCAACAAAAGGCAGAAGUCUUUGAACAUUUGGGUUUACGAAAACUAGUUUUUUAUGCUGAGAAUGAGACAUGGGCCAUCCUGAGCACAAAUAGAGACACGCUGCUGUGAACCACUGCAUGAGUUUUUGUGCUACUGACCUGAUUUUUAGAGUUUGCUUUUAGAGAGUUGAAAUGGAGAGAAGGCCUCCCCAGCCAGCAUUUGUAUAUAACUCAUCUAUAAAAAUACAUGUUCGUACAUUAGGGGUGGGGGGAGAAUCGGCAAGGUUUAGCUUCUGUAUGCAACCCUGGCUCAGGGUCCGCUGUGAGUAGGCAUAGAUUAGAGCCAUACAGGUUUGAAGGACACAGUUCUUUUUUUUUUUUUUUUGGGUAAAGCAUAACUACCAAGCAAAGUCUUAAACAGUCUCUGAUUUGGUCGAUGAACUUACUCUACGGAUUCUCCAGAACAAGCCUACCAGCUUUACGAUGGCAUCGUACUCAAUGGAUUUGAUGCCAUUUGACAAAGUUACUGAUUUACUGCAUGAUUCCGGCAGGAGUGAGAAAACAGUGCUGUGUCAGUUUGGAUUUUUAUAUAGCAGGAAAAAAAAAUUUAGAUUAAGCCUCCUUUACAGGCAUGCCCUGGACUUUGGGCCAGUAUGUAUAUUAAGUGCGUAUCUGUGCACACUCAUGUGUAUACGUGUGACAAAUAUUUUUUCAGGUAGUCUUGCCCUGAGCCCAUGAGGGUCCUUUAGCACCCCAGAAAUAACUUAGCUUUUAUCAUCAGUACUGCUCGUGUUUCUCUUCACAUGGCUGUCUGGAAUAGCCUACCGAAAGCUUACAUAGAGGGAUGUAGGAAGCAGGGUGCUUAACUGCCUACUUAGUUGCAGUCCACCUACACUUAAGGCACUCUGUUAUUUAUACUCCACAUACUGUAGCCGUUCCCUAGACUUUCAUAAUGCUACUGUCCCACUGAAACAUAUUUAAAUUUUUACCCUUUAGGGUAUAGGCUGAAUACUAUUCUUGUGGCUUACCUUUUUUUUAGAAAGUAAAUGUACAUGGCCAGGUUGAUGUGUUGUCUUGCAAGAUUCAAGUAUGCUGUCUUCAUGGUUUUUCCCUCUGUAUCCCUUAGAUUACAUGUAGAGAACUGUGGCCAUUAAUCUGGAAAUAACCAUUUGCACUGGAGUUCUAAUGCUCUCGCACCUUUCCAAAGUUAGCAGGUUUUGCGGUUGUGUUGUCAUGUAAGAGAUUGUUGCUGUUUGCCGUUCUUUGUCUGAAAAAUUCUUUUGCGUUUCUAUUGACUUUGGUUAUAGUAAGAAAAGUGGUUGUUAAUUGUAGAUGUCUAGGUAUUUCAGGGCACUUCACUGAAAGUUUGCCUUGGAUAUUCUUGAAAGUUUAUAUUUUUAUAAUUUUUUUUUUUUACAUCAGAAGUUCCUUUGCAGUGGCUUAAUGUUUGAAAUUAUUUUGUGGCUUUUUUUGUAAAUAUUGAAAUGUAGCAAUAAUGUCUUUUGAAUAUUCCCAAGCCCAUGAGUCCGUGAAAAUAUUUUUUAUAUAUAUACGGUAACUUUAUGUGUAAAUAUGUAAGCGGUGCAAGUUUAAAGGAUGUUUGUGUUCCAUGUGGUCCUUUUUUUUUCUUUUCUGAUAUGUUGUUCAGUUGUUGACAGUUCUGAAGAAUUCUAAUAAAAAAUGUAAAUAUAUAAAUCAAAUGAUUUUUUGGAUUGUUUCAGUCUUAAUGGAAUUAAGCUUUAAAAUGUUAAAGUCCAUUCAUCUUGACGUUAGAAAAGUUUGUACUUAGCAUGUAUGUAUGAGAUAAAAGUCCCUGGAUGGUGCAAAUGGUUAACUUGUUCUGCUGCUAGCUGAAAAUUUGGUGGCUCGAGUCCAUCCAAAGUCACCUCGGAAGAAAGGCCUGACGCUCUACUGAAAAAUCAGCCAUUGAACACCUUAUGGAGCACGUUUCUACUCUGACACACACGGGCACACCAUGAGCCAGAGUCUUGAUGACAACUGGUAUGUAUAAAAAAAAAUAGGAUACAUGCAAUUCUUAAACCCGAGGUCUCUAUUUAAAUUAGAAAGUAAAGGAAACACUGUGGGAAUUGUACACUUUAUGAUUAUUAUUAAGGAGCCCUGGUGGUGCGAACGGUUAAGGGCUCGGCUGCCAAUGGAAAGGUUGAUGGUUUGAACCCACCCAGCUGCUCCACUAGAGAAAGACCUGAUGAUCUGCUUCUGUAAAUAUUACAGUGAAGAAAACUUUGUGGGGCAGUUCUACUCUGUAAAACGUGGGGUUGCCAUGAGUCAAAAAUGGAUCAAUGGCACCUAACGACAACAAUGAUUAUUAUUAGGUUGGUUCAUCUGAAAGGACCAUUUUUGUUGGCAAAAUAAUGGUCAAAGCAGCAAUUUUAUGUGGUUCAAUUUAAUAUAAUUGGCAUGUUUCCUCUUAAAAGAGAGUCCUUACGAAUUAAGAUGAAUAGUAAACAAAUUCAUGAGGU